AUGUCCCGUGCCUCCAAGCUCACGCUGCUGGGCACGUCCCUCUUUGCCGCCUCGACUGUGGCCUUUGUCCACUUCCAGCAAGAAGCCGAGAAGACUGCCAUGCACCAAGGCGUCGUGCGCGACAUGGAGCAGCAGCGCAUCAAGCAGGAGCGGCAGCUGGACUUUGACACGCAGCGGGCACUCGAGCUCCAGUACAAACAGGAGCAGUCGGUGCACGAUGCCGUUGCCGCAGCAGACGCGGCAGAGGCGAAAGCGAAAGGAAAGGGGGCAUGA